CGUUGACAUGUCGAUUCGAGCGCCUCUCGGCCCGCUCCACGCUCUCUGAAGCUUUCACCAACCUCACAAUAAGCCUGAGAUUACAGUUCCCUGCUGUCACUGGAGCAUGCUCAGUGAGCUGCUCGCUGUUUGGACGAGCUUUUCCUGAAGUCUUUUCUCUAAAAAGAUUAUUUGAAACUCUAUCGAAUCGAUUUUGCAGGAUUAUCUCAUGAUACGCCCACGCGUUGGUGUGAAUGAACUGAUCAUUUGGGUGCUUUGAAAGCUAAUGACGCAGCAUUUAAUGCCAAGAAACAGGUGAAACCAUGAUCGCUCCUGCCUGACACGACUUGUGGGAGGUCACUGCAGAACAUGCAGGACGUAGCCGGGCCUGCUAUGCCCAGGAAACCUCUUUUCUCUGAUGGCCUCGCCCUCUUAUGGGGCGUACUGUUUGGAUUAUUCGUUGCACCUGUGACAACUUGUCCCACAAGAUGUCACUGUAUAGAGAAGAGCGGCAUGACCGUGGUCCAGUGUAUGUCUCGCAGCCUGGAGAAGAUCCCGUCAGAUCUUCCAAGAGAUACUGUCGUCCUGCUCCUGGCGUCCAACCACAUCACGCACAUCCCCAACCACGCCUUCAGAGAGCUGCACUACCUUCAGGAGGUGGACUUGUCCAACAACGAGAUUGAGACCGUGGAUGUGGGGGCGUUUCAAGGUGUUUCUGACAGCCUCCUCAUGCUGGAUCUGUCAAACAACCGAAUCCAAAGUGUCCCCAAAGAGGCGUUUGCUCGUCUGCGAGCCAAAAUCAGCCUCUCCAACAACCCGUGGCACUGUGAGUGUACGCUGCAGGAGGUCCUGAGGGAGCUGCGACUGGACCCCAAGACAGUCAACGAGGUGAUCUGCCACACGGCGGUGCAGGAGGAGUACGCGGGCAAACCGGUGAUCCAGGUGCUGGACUCAGGGAUCAACUUCUGCAACUUUCACCACAAGACCACCGACGUAGCCAUGUUUGUCACCAUGUUCGGCUGGUUCACCAUGGUGAUCGCGUACGUCAUCUACUACGUGAGACACAAUCAGGAGGAUGCCAGACGGCACCUCCAGUACCUCAAGUCGCUGCCCAGCAGCUCUCAGAUCAGCAAGGACUUUGACACCAUCAGCACUGUUCUCUAGCAGGAGGCGUGGUGUGUGUGUCUGUAAAUAUGUGAGUAAAUGUGUGUUUCUGUACAAAACGACUAAAAAGCUGUUGCAACACAUCAUCACAGAUGUUUCUCAGAAUAUUAUUUGAGGUCUUUUAGUGAUUAAAUGCGUCAGUUUAGAUUUUUUAAAAUCCUCAUAGAUGACAUCUUUUGUAUCAUUUCAAAACAGUUAUUUCGAUUUUAUCCAAUGUGAAUAACCAGACGAGGCGAUGGAGAUAGCACAAAAUAAACAAUGCUCACAAAACUCAUAUUUCUGUGAGGGAUGAUAGAUGUAGAGCAGAGAGAGAAGUGUUCUCACUGUGACUGAGAUGAAUGAGGAGGACCACUGUGUCUCCCACUUACUUUAUAUUGAUUGAUUCAUGUUCUUAAUGUCACACUGUCACGGUGAAGGCUGUUUUAUGAGACUUAUGCUGAUGUGUCAGAGAGGUGAAGGUGUUAACAUUCAGUUUACACAACAGCCCUGAAAGUUACUGGUCCAGGAAAUGAGGUUACUCUGCUGUUACUUCUUUAACUGUGCAGCCGCUGCAUCGUGUCACCUUACAGAGAAAAAAAAAGAUGUAACGUUCAGCGUUACGCGCCAAGGUCACGCAGGGGAAGAACGUGAACGUCUGUUUCCAGGUGAUACUCAUUUUAGACUGGGGUCUAACUCCUGGACUAAGUUAUUCCAGCCUCAGUGUGCGAGCUUUGUGUUAACUUGACACGGUGACAGUUCUCUGGAGAGAAUGAAAGAAUAAAGGAACCAAAGUCUCUGUGAGUUUUCAUGAUGUACUGUGCAAACGUUUUAGGCACAAAAGCUAAAGAGAGGAUGUUAAAAAUACAUUUUUUUAAUCACUAAUUAACCUCCUGUGAAGUGCUGCAAACAGAGAAAACCUAAAUCAGGUCGGUAUUUCCUGUGGUCCUCAGGGAUCUGUGGGGUCAGAGCAUCUCCUGCAGGACUCCUGGUUCCUGUCUCUGAGGACAGGUCUUUAUGAUGCUGACUGUGUUUGGACUCAUUGUCCUGCUGCAGAGUUAAUCUGGGACUGAUCAGACACCUAAAACGUUUGCACAGCACUGUACUGUGAUGUAAUAAUGAUUUUUUAAUAAUGAGAUUUUUCAAACAUUAUAAACAAACAAACAAACAAACAAAAAAAGAACCACUUCCUGUUUAGGACUGAGAUUUUGCAGCAGCACAUCACAGACAAAUGUUUCACACUCAGAGAAGUCAACUAUAGCACAGAGAAUUUUAAUAUAAAGUAUGGAUUAAUAUGGUUUUUCAGAGAUCAGAGGAGUCAAGCGUUCUGUACGUAUGAAUGUAUUUAUGUUGAAUGUCGACAUUCAGGAGCGUCAGACGUCGUUUCAUUUCUGUCACCGGUGACCCACAGCAGCAAAUCCCAAUCAGCUGCAUUAACAUGCCAUAGCCAUUACCUGUAUUGAGUUGAUUGUAGCCCGACACCGUUUGUUUGGACACAAACUCAAUAUUUUCUUACUGCCUAUGGCUCACGUUGGUGAGGAGCUGGUCAGGAGGUAAUUGUGUCCAAGUGCCUACUCUCUGGGAACUCUACGCCACAGCACUGUGCACUAAGUUGGACAACUGAGUGUCAAGUCCUCUCCCUGUCCACCCUCGCCACCGCAGAGCUCAGAUUUAGCUACAGCUUACACCCAGCCAGUUUCCAUUUAUGAGGCUGGAGACCUGAGUCAUCAAGGUGUUACAGCACCAGUUAUCCAGAUGGGUGGAUUUUUCCAAAAGAAAGGACAAGAAUGUGUGCUGGAGGACAAUGACAGAAAAGUUUUGGAAAGUUAAUGUUACUUUUCUGUGAUUGACGACUUACUGCACCUGUCCUCACCUGGUGAUUCCCACUCAUCCAGUCAGUCAAGCAGGUUCAAAUCAACACAGAUAAUUAUUUGCAACUAAUACUUGAGCUACUCUCCUUAGAGAGUCGUUAUUCAUUCUGCAUUUUCGUCUUGUCGUCUGACAAACUAGUCUUUUAUACAACUGUAGGUUUCUUUGUGUCUGUGGAGUUUUGACCUGUCAUAUAAUGAUGUCUGUGCUGGCCACUGUGUACAUGACUUUUACAAUCUGAAGGAGUGCACAUGCCAUCUGUGCUGUUAUGUAAAAUAUGUCUUUAGCUACAAACAACAUCAACGUGUUUAAAUGUCUUUUGACUACUUGUCUUUUCUUCAUCUAAAGAAGAACUG